CCACAGUCUGAUGUCACUCUUUGCGUUGGAGGACUGGGAGCUGAGGCAGGAAAAGAGGCAAACUUCACAGGAUCAUUACUAAUACAGUUUAAAUGCAUCAUCGUAACUGAAAACAUUUUGGACACAAUAGCUGCACCGCUCUCCUGUAGAAACAACCAUUAAAGAGCAGCUUAUAUUUCACUUCAUAGGCUUUAAUCCUGCCUGCAUCUGUGCGAUGAUGGCUGCAUCCCAAACCCUCUGAGAGCUCGUCCCCAAAAGAUGCAACCAGAGGGUCCUCCCACUCCACCCUCUCUGCUGCCACCACCUCCACCUCCACCGCCACCUCCUCCGCCACCACCACCACCGCCACCUCCUCCACCACCACCUGCCCAUGGCCUUCCUCCACCCCUGCAUGGCCUGGGCAUCAAUUUCAAGGGGGAGCUGCGGCGCUCCAGGAUGCGCAAUUUCAAUUGGGAAACACUUCCCAAACACAGUGUGGUGGGAAAGCACAACAUCUGGACCUCGGAUAACAUUGAAGGGGAGUACGAGCUGGACACGGAUCACAUGGAGGAGCUGUUCAGCCACAAGAAGCAGCUCAAGGCCCUGAACCGCCAAAGUCUCAGGUCACAACAGUCGGCUGGCUCUGGAGGGGAACUGGUUUCCAUCCUCAACUCCAAGAGGAGCAUGAACAUUGGAAUUUUCCUGAAGCAAUUCAAGCGGCCUAUGAAAGACAUGAUCGAAGAUAUCAUAUCAGGACGCAGUGACUGUUUUGGCGCAGGAAAAAUGAGGGAGCUGUGCAAGCUGCUGCCAGACGACGGGGAGGUCAAGCAGCUAGUCGGUUUUAAGGGUGAGGACUCGGCUCUUCCUGAAGCAGAUAAGUUCAUGCUGAGGCUGGUGAAGAUUCCCAGUUAUGAAAAGCGUCUCAGUAGCCUGGUGCUCAAAGAGGAGUUUUUCCCACUCAUGGAUGAAAUGAAAGAAUUCAUAUGCACUUUGACGGCUGCUGGACGAGAGCUGUUGGAGUCUGAACAUCUCCAUUCUGUCAUUCGUCUGGUACUGAAGACUGGAAAUUACAUGAAUGCUGGAAGCUAUGCAGGCAGUGCAAUCGGCUUUCGAAUGUCUUCGCUGCUGAAGCUGGUGGACACCAAAGCAAACAAACCUGGAAUGAAUCUGAUGCAUUAUGUCGUGAUGCAAGCUCAGAAUGCCGACAUGGCCCUGCUUGAAUUUCCAGAGCAACUCACACACAUCGAAGCUGCAGCAAGAAUAAACAAAAGCGAAGUUGAAGCAGAGUUUGCACGACAGGUAAAGAAAGUACGAGAUGCCAAGGUGGACACUCAGAAGCAGGAUGACCUAAGGACACAGAUGGAGGAUUUUCUAAAGGAGGCUGAGGUCUGCUUGGCCGAAGUAGAGACAGAUUUUCAGGAACUGCAGUCAGUGAGCAAUUCAGUGGCCGAUUACUUCUGUGAAGACCCAAGCAAGUUCAAACUGGAGGAAUGUUGCUCCAUUUUCUACUCCUUUUGUGAAAAAUUCCUGCGGGCCAAGCAGGAUAACAAGGCACGAGAGGUGGCAGAGGUGAAGCGGAGACACAGAGACAGAUUACAGAUCGCUGCCAAGCGCAGGUCCACAGCUACCUGCUCCAGUAGAGACAAGGAAAUGGAUAGUGUCGCAUUAGAGUCCGUACUACAAAACCUCCUUACCAGACGUGGCUCUCGCAGGAGAUCUGAAAGACCCUUGUCCACUCAAGGACGCCCCAUGAGCGGCAGCCCAAACAACGGGAGCUUAUCAGAAAUUACCUCACAGGCAAACCUCCCCCCUGCAAAUGAAAAGAGAUGCGGCUCAUUUAGAGCCAACGAGAUUUUCAGAAAAGAAUGGAAUUCAGCAGCUGAGCUCACAGGGAAGGCUUCACAAAGCAAAGCCCAGUCCAAUGUCGAGGACAACAAGGCAAUAAGUAUGAUUCCUUGUGAAGAAGAGAUGACAGCUUCCAGAAAAGAGGAAUCUAGAGGAUUUUCACACCCGGCCAAUAGAACCCCCAGCAAUUCCUCCUCAGUCAGAUGUUUGUCAACCACCACAGAUGAUGAUGUUGAGAAGAACAUGCAGAACAAUAAUGAGGAGGAAGCCCAGAAGUUGAGAGAAGCAUCUAAAAAGGUGUUGCGCUUUCAGAACAGUCGUGGCAGUGCAUCUGUGGACCAUUCUUUGGAAAAUCAGAAAUCUCCUGGUCCGCGUACCACUUUGUCUCGUCAAUGCACCUUUGAUGAGGAAACCGACCGGUAUCCAGGAGACCCAACCAAUGAAGAAUUGAUCAGAUUUUUGAUCAGUCCCUCCGCCACCUCAAAACGCAACCUGGGCCGUCGCCACACACUGCCGACCAAUUUCCCUAAAACCCAGGAAGAGGAAGAUAAUCUGUGUGAUCUGCCUCCAAUCAGAACUCCUAAUCCUGUUUCAAGAGCAAAGUUUGCUGAGCACAGUCCCACAAAACAAGUGUUUGAUUUUUGUGAGGCUUCUACCAACUUUAAAAAAUCGGACUCUCAAGACAACAGUUUGUCAGCAGAGAAGACAAGCAAGCCAAGUGUUUCUUCAGCCAAUGUUCCAAAUGAAGGGCAGGGGGAGCAAAAUCAAGAGUCGACGGAGCCCACAGGAAACCACGUGCAGAGGAACAGUGAAAAUAUUGCCCCCAAAAGCACGUGGACCAAGACCGACACGUCUGGACUAUUCUUUAGCUUUUUCAAACGCCUUGGAGAUAUGAGCAAACUUCAGAGCAGCAAGGAAACUGUUCAUAAGGGUUCUGGUGUAUAGACUUUGAAAGAUAAAAAAUGUAAAGCCAACGAAGCGAAUUAAACCAUAGUGUUGCUUGUGAUUACGUCAUCGAGGUGUAUUGUUGUGACGAUGGGUCGUGAAGGUUGGAAGAGGUCAGAGAAGGUUGGAAGAAGUCAGAGAAGGUUUGAAGUCAGAGAAGGUUGGAAGUCAGAGAAGGUUAGAAGAAGUCAGAGAAGGUUUGAAGUCAGAGAAGGUU